UACGUGACUUGGACCGGCGACCGCGCUGGCACAGGCAGUAGUCGGCUAUCGUGCACUCGCAGAACCGAAAGGACGACUGAACGCCUGCUGGUGCAGCCACAUCUCAUUUUCGUUCUCGUCUUCAGGGAGACUGACUUUCAGGGUCUUUGCCGUGGCAAGAGGAUCGAGAUUACUUCAAAGAGAAUAUAUAAUCCAAAAAGCACAAUGGAAGAAAACGACGAGAAGACAAAAGUGUCUGAUUCUGCUUACUCCAACAGUUGCAACAGCAGAUCACAAAGGAGUAGUGGGAGCAGCAAGUCGCGUCACAGCACGUCGAGCGGCUCCAGCGGCUAUUGCGGCCACCCUUCCACAGUUGGCAGCAACAAUGACCAGCCCUUCACACAACCGCAGCAAGCCACCAAAAGAAAGGAGAAGAAAAAGAAGCUGUCCAAAUCAGAACUGCCGAAUGGGAACAACGGCAACAGCCCGAACGCAGAAAACAGCAGCUCUGGCUCAGGAGGAAACUGCAACAGCUCUUGCGGGGAUGGAUCAACAGGUACACAAGCGAGCUCAGGAGGCCAGCCGACAGUCUCGACUGGACCCCUGGAAAAGAAAUCGAUGGAAAUGGCCGCUGCAGCUCUGUCACAGUCCCUCAGCAACAAGAAGAAAAAGAAUAAAGAGCAGCCAGGAGUUAUUCCGGAAGAGUGUGAAAUCCAAGUAAGCUCGAACAAAACUCCCUUAAGGGAGAAUGAAGAGCAGAUUUUGCACUGCCUGCAAGAGGAGCAGUACACUCAAAACGAGGGCGAGUUUUGCGCGGUGGUUUCAAUGCAUGAUGGCGUUGUUAUGUACACCACGGCCAGUCUGACCGAGGUGCUCGGGUUCCCUAAAGACAUGUGGCUCGGUCGCAGCUUCAUUGAUUUUGUCCAUCCUAAAGACAGAAUCUCUUUUGCUAGUCACAUAACGUCAGGGGUCGCCGCUCCGCAAAUAGGAAGCAAAGGUGGCACCCUGAACAAAAAUUCGUUCUUCUGCAGUCUACGGCAGUACCGCGGGCUCAAGUCGAGCGGCUACAGCGUCACCGAGAAGAAGGUGACCUAUAAGCCUUUCCGGUUGAGCAUGUCCUUCAAGGAGCUGCAGCCAGAGAGCGUCUCUCACGCCAGCAACAAGGACACUUCUUGUCCUUUCGGCACCUUCCUCCUCAUCACGGCCGUGCCCAUCCAGUCGGUCUACAAAAUUACCGACGAGCCGAGAAUCUCACCCAAGUUCCUGAUGCGCCACUCGGCGUCCGGCGAACUGAUCCACGUGGACAACGAGGCUGUGCCUCACUUUGGCUACCUGCCGCAGGACAUGAUCGGCGUUUCGGUCUUCGAUUUCUUCCACCCUGAAGAUAUGCACUACUUGAAAGAGGUCUACAUGACCAUCAUGAAAGAGCAGCAAAACUGCUUUGAGAGCAGACCGUACAGAUUCCGCACUCAAAACGGUGGAUAUAUCCUGAUGAAAACCGAGUGGUCCAGUUUCAUUAACCCUUGGUCCAGGAAGUUGGAGUUUGUGAUUGGACACAACCGAGUGCUACAGGGCCCUCCCAACCCUGAUGUUUUCCAAAUGUCAAAUGACGACGAGGUACCGCUGCUGCUGGAGGAAAUUGUGAAGGAGAGUAAAAUUAUCCAGGAGGAAAUACUUUUCAUGUUAAAUCAGCCUGUUACACGGCCGCUAGAAACAGCCAAACAGCAAGUUUCAAAACGCUGCAAAGAUUUGGCAACGUUCAUGGAGAGUUUGAUGGACGAGAAAAUCUCAAAACCUGAUCUCAAAGUUGAUUUACCCCCAGAGGAGCAGAGCUUUUCAGUGAGUCUCAACCACCUGCCCAGUACUCUGAGCAGUAACAAAAAUUUUCGUGCCGCACAGGAACGCGAUUCUGUUAUGCUUGGCGAAAUUUCGCCGCACCACGACUACUACGACAGUAAGUCCUCAACUGAAACCCCGCCGAGCUACAAUCAGCUCAACUACAAUGAGAACAUACAAAGGUUUUUUGAAAGCAAGCCAAAGACAACAUUCUCCGAUGAAUCAGGCGAAAUGAAACUGGACGCGCAGCGUUCUGGAGUCAGCACUGACGAGGAGGGAAAGGAUAUGACGCUCGGUGCAGACACAAGCUCCAACGGGAGUGGUGUCAGCGCCGGUAGUGGAACAAACGAGGGGAUGUCACCCCGAGUAGCCAAACUGUCACCGGUGAUCGUCUCAGCUCCUGUCAGCACCGCACAGACCCACCACCUAAUCAGCUCCGGGGGAGUCAUCAAAGGUCCAGACGACGGGGGUGGAGGAGGUGUGACCUGUCCUAGUAUCUCCAUCGGGGGAAACUUUGUGAGCUACAAGACUCCACACUUAACCAUGGAGCUCCUCUACAGGCACAACGAGGACAUGGAGAAAAUCAUGGUGCAGAAGCAUCGCGAGCAGCGAUGCAAGAGCAGCAGCAAUCUAGAGCUGAAGAAAGGCGACGGCCGCAAGGGUACCACUCUUGGCUGCGGAGUCGGCGCGAACGACGGCGACGGCGGGGGCGGCUUGGGACCCGGCCACCCGGAGAUCAAGCUGCUCGACCCAUGCCACGGCAUCAAACGCAGCGUCUCGCACUCUUGGGAGGGCGAAACGCACAAGGCAUCCAAGCACACGCACCUCGAGGGCAGCGCCGGCAACAGCUGGGCAGCUCCCGUCGUGCCUCCCAGCAAGGAGAACACCAACGCUGGCGAGAAACGUUGCCAGGGGCAAAAUGUGGGCCCGUCCAACGUCAACCUGUGGCCUCCUUUCUCGGUUACCUUUACUCCAAUGCACAACACUCAACCUUACAACUCGUACAGCAGCCAUUUGAACCCGGCGCCGACGAACAGGGUCGUGAACUCAACUGGGAUGAUGCCAUCUCCUGUGGCGAGCGUGAUUCCGAUGUACUACAUUUCACCAAAUCCCCACCAGCCGACCGGCAUGACUUCCCAUGAAAACUCGAGCGGCCCGAUGCCAAGAAUCAUUCCUCCGUCGCACCAGCCUUUCCCGGCGCCGCAAAUUCAGUACGUGAACGCAGCUGCCCUAUCCAACAUGCUGUACCAGCCGCUGGGACCGUCGUUGUUCGGCAGUCCGUCGCCGAUGCUCUACCCCUCCCUGGCGGUCCUACAGCCCACCUUGCUGCCUUCCUCCCUCUCCUCUAUGGGCCCUCAAAACGUGUCCAAUUUGUCCAUGGCCAACAGCAACAACCUGAAGAAUAACGCGCUGAACAAGAACGCUGCCAGGCAGUUCAAGAACGUUGAGAUGUGCGGAACCAAUCCGAAUUUUAAAAUUGGAACGCCAACGUCGCAAACGUCGAUGAAAGUGGAGCCAGGUUCGGUUAGAGGAGCGGCUCUACGCCUGGACAUUUCCCAACAUUCCAUUGGAUUAACUUCGACUGAUGAGGAUGAAAAGAAGGGAGGCAACAUGAGUGGUUCUGACAGACAGUCUAGUCUUAUAGGGGACGUGGAGGUGAACGGCGAUGACAGCAGUUGUUCCAUCUGUGAUUCCAGCAUGAAGAGUUCGCCCAGCGCUGAAGUAGAAAGAAACUGCGAGGAUAUGCAGUGGGAAAGCAACAAGGCGAUCGAAGAGGAAAAAACCCUUAGGCCAAUGCUGAAAAAAGAGCCACCAUGGCUGGAAGAAGUGCAUGUGACAGCUGACCUGGUGUACAGGUACCAGGUCGAGGACAGGACGUUGGAAGACGUGCUCGCAGCCGACUUGGAGGCUCUUAAUUACAUGCAGCAGCAACCGAACCUGGUUAAUGAGCAGCUGUCGCAGCUGUAUCUUGACAUGGAGCUAGAAGGGUUUUCAGCCAAAAUGAGCCUGGAGGAAUGUAUCUCGAUUUGCGACAGCAACAGCCUGGGAAGCAGCAGCAGUGGCGAGGAAACGCAAGGAUCCAACACGCAUGCCAUCAAGAAUGAAAUGACUGCACAAAACGAGAAGAUAUGCAAGAUCAAAAAGCCGCAAAAGGUGGCCAAGAAGCAGAAGGGCUGUUUCGAGUACAGCAGACUGGUGAUGAUCUACGAAGAAAAUGCUCCGAUACCUCCACCGAAGAUUGAGCAAUGAGACUGCCUGAAGUCCUAUUCACAGCAACAAAUCGGCGUGGAUCGACAAUUCGUUAUGCAAUCACACAAAAAAUCAAGAACGUUUUUUCUCACAAAAAAAAAAAUAAUAAUUCAAACUGCAAAUGUACACAAACAGACCAAAUCAGUAUUGGUGCCUUCAGCGCUGCAAAGUCGUCUCGAGAACGGAGGAUUAUAUCAACUAUUUUUCAAGAACGAUGCUGCGCAUUGUUAAUUAUUAUAUACUAUAUUAUAACAUAUAUUCAUAAUGAAAACAUUUUUCCGGUUUGCACACGCACUGCAUACUUAACCGCGUACACAAGAAAUGUUUAUUAUAUAUGUUUAUUUAUUAAUUUUAAAUGUUCCUCUGAUGAGAAGAGAGUAUACUGCCCUUUUAAGGUUAAAAACCGACGUUUUGUAUUACGUAGAGUCUGAGAAUUAUAUAUUUUUCGACGUAAAUAAAAAACCCGAAAAAUUUUAGUUACAAAAACUAAAA